UGGCAAUGUUUCACGUCAUCACUUUGCAGUUUCCAUAUUUCUAUCUAUUUGCUAUAAAUUUAUGAACAACUUAGCUAUAUACCUCUCUCCAGUCUCCAUCCUGCAGAUCGAACUCGAACUCGAAAUUAGAGAGAGAGAGAGAGAGAGAGAGAGAGAGAGAGAGAGAGAGAGAUGAGUGCUGCUGUGGUUUUGAUGAACUCUGCUGAUAACGUAAUGGACUUGAAGGAGUUAGAAACCCUAAAAGUAGAAGAAGAUGAACAAGUAAAAGCUGCAGCAGCAGAAGUAGUAGCAGCAUCGCAUGCAGACGACACGGAGUUGGAGGAGCUGAGAAAAACUCGUCUCAUGAGAGUAUUUGUCGAAGCCCAGGAUCCUUCCACCAAGAUAUUGUCUGAGAUGGAGUGCAAGGAAACCAUGAAACAUGAAGCAGAAGAAGCAGUGACAUUGACGAGGAUCCGUCGUGUGAGAGAAUUUGUUGAAGGCAAGGAUCCAUCCUACAAGGAGGUGGAUGAUCUCACAAUAAGGAGGUUCCUGCGUGCUCGCGAUUUGGAUAUAGAGCAGGCAGCUGCAAUGUUCCUCAAGUACAUGAAAUGGAGACGCGAUUUUGUUCCUAAAGGUUCUAUUUGUACUUCUGAGAUUCCAAAUCAAAUUGUUCAGAACAAGAUGUUUUUACAGGGAUCGGACAAGAAAGGAUGCCCCAUAUCAGUUAUCCUUGGUUAUAGACAUUUUCAAGACAGCCUCAAGGAAUUCAAGCGUUAUGUAGUCUAUGGACUCGACAAGAUAUGUGCAAAGAUUCCGCCAGGACAGAAGUUCAUUGCCAUAGGAGAUCUCGAAGGCUGGGGAUAUUCAAACAGUGACGUCCGAGGUUACCUUGGAGCUCUUUCAAUUUUGCAGGACUACUAUCCGGAAAGGCUAGGGAAGGUGUACAUCGUCCAUGCUCCUCUCAUAUUCAUGACGGUUUGGAAAAUCGUUUACCCUUUUAUCGACAACAAAACUAAGAAGAAGAUAGUAUUCGUCGAAAACAAAAUGCUGAAAUCAACUCUGCUCGAAGAGAUUGAUGAGAGCCAGCUUCCGGAGAUAUAUGGAGGCAAACUGCCUUUGGUUCCCAUCUAGGGUGACAAAUUGAUCAACCAUGCCAAGAGGAAAAAUGAACAGAUUAAAGCUCAUGUCUAAUUAAGUUUGCAAUAUGUAUGUUAUAAUAUGUAACUAUGCUGUACCACUGUUUGGACCAGAUUUUACUUCAUCGGCUCGAGUAAUCAAGGCUGUUGAAUGGGCUGAGUUCUAGACCAUUGGAUGACAAAUUGGUUGAGAUAAUUCUCAAUGUUAUUAAAGGAUAAUAUUAUGAUUUUAAUCAUAAUGAUUAUCUCUUAAUAGUAUUAAAUUAUUUAGACUUA